UUUAAUUGAAUUGAUGUCACCAUUGCCCUAAAAAAAACUUGUUCUACUAAACCGACAUGAAUUAACAUAAAUGACAUACCAAUAAUCAGACCAUUAACCGACAUAAACCGGUUAGACAACCCUACUUGCUCGCCAAACCAUCGAAUACGCGGGAAGUUUUAGUGGUUAAAUCAGAAGAAAUGCGGGAAAAGUAGAAAUCCUUGAACUUCGAUUUUUUCGAAAUUCCUUUUCAUAGGUUCAUCCGGCGCGGAGCCCAGCACUUGGGGCCGGGGGAAUGAAAUUCGCCGGAGCGAAGCAAAACCUUGCAACCAGACUGGCUUGAAAACUGACGCAGCUCAGAAAGGUUUUGGAGGCAAAAGGAAGAUCAUUCACAAAGAGGGGCGAAAAAUGAAACCAAAGGACGGUCCAAUUAGAGCUAUAGGCCAGAGAUCCAUUACUUCUUCCUUCGUUUCCCCCUCUUCUUCAAACCGCUGGAACGAAAUCAGCACUCUGGAUUCCGAUGCCGCCGGCGAGCUGAAGAAAGACGGUGCGGUGAGUUCUUCAAAGUUGUCGCUCUCUGAUUUCCUCAACAAGAAGCUUCACAAAACUGCCGUUGUUCGCUCCAGAUCACUGAAGGGUAAGUCCCAGCCUUUUCUAUCGCCGUUAGGACGUAUAACCGAGAGCAGCGUUAGUGGGGGCUCGAAGGAUGACAAAGAAGAGAGGAACUCCUCGGUCGUAGUGGAGGAUGAAGUAGUGUUUCAGCUGUUUAAGAAGCCUGCUGUUGGUGAAAAGGGAAAUGAUGCUGCUGAUUCAUCGAGUAGAUUUGGCACAAUCGGGAAACCAACUGAUUCCAGCAAUUCGACUGGUUUAAGUUCAUCUGAACCAGAUUGCUCGCCCAUAACAGGUACAUGAAAACUGAGACCUUUUGGAUGAACUGUUUCAAAAUAUAUCUACUAUGUUUCAGUUUCUUCGUAAGCUCUUUUGCUGUCAAAAUGCUAGGAACCUCCAAGAGACAAUACAUUUCUAUAUCUGUUUCCCCUCCUCCUGGCAAGAUAAUGAAUCUCGACAACCCUU